AUGUCCGUAUCGCGGAGCAAGGUGGGCGGGCGGCUGGGGACCAUGGCCAGGACCGGCAUGGAGCAGUGGCGUGACCGGCUGGCACUGGUGACAGGAGCUUCGGGGGGCAUCGGCGCGGCUGUGGCCCGGGCCCUCGUCCAGCAGGGACUGAAGGUAGUGGGUUGUGCCCGCCCCGUGAGCAACAUCGAGGAGCUGGCUGCCAAAUUUAAGAGUAUAGGCUACCCCAGGACUUUGAUCCCCCACAGAUGUGAUCUGUCCAGCGAGGAGGACAUCCUCUCCACGUUCUUGGCUGUCUGCUCUCAGCACAGUGGUGUGGACAUCUGCAUCAACAAUGCUGGCUUGGCCCGGCCUGACACUCUGCUCUCAGGCAACACCAGCAGCUGGAAGGACAUGUUCAAUGUGAACAUGCUGGCCCUCAGCAUCUGCACUCGGGAAGCCUACCAGUCCAUGAAGGAAUGGAAGGUGGAUGACAGGCACAUCAUUAAUAUCAACAGCAUGUCUGGUCACCAAGUGUCACCCCACUCUGUGAUCCAUUUCUAUAGUGCUACCAAGUAUGCCAUCACCACACUUACAGAGGGACAUAAAGAGCUUCGGGAGGCCCAGACCCACAUUGAGCCACAGUGAGGGUGAGGCCUGGCCCUGUGCAUCUCUCCAGAAGUGGCGGAGACACAAUUCUCCUUCAAACUCCACAACGAGGACCCUGAGAAGGCAGCUGCCAUCUAUGAACGCAUAAAGUGUCUCAAACCUGAAGAUGUGGCUGAGGCUGUCAUCUAUGUCCUCAAGCACCCUUCCACGUGUCCAGGUGUUGAUUUCCAGACUCCUGGAUUCUGCUUCCUCUCUCCAACCCACCAGGGGCUACAAAUUUUUGGAAGUUUUUAUGUCUUAUCAAAUUACGUCCACCACAAAUAUGAACAGUGGCCUGGGGAGAGGAGGUUAGGUGUCCCCAAUUGUUUUACCUGUUAACUUUGGUUAACAGGUAAUUUGGUUAAUUAUUGGUCCGCUUCUUGGGCUCCUUGGCCUUUGUGUGCUCUCUUUGGUCUCUUCCUUUUGACCUGGGGAAGGAACUGUGGCCAAAAGGGGGGCUUCCCCGUAUCUUCUUGUACCCCAACCCCUGUACCUCAAGGAGGAGGGGGCAGAGAGAAGCCCUCACCUUCUAUCUGAAUAGCUAUCCAAGGCCCUAGGCUUCCUCCUCUCCCUGCCCUACUGCCCCCAUUGCCUCUUCUCUUCACCCACCCCAGUUCUCCAGCCCAGGCUUGGCUUCUCUGCUCCCAGUGGGGUCAUCACUCCACACUGACUAUGGCAGCUGAGUAUCAGGCCCUGCCUCCCAACUGGGUUUCACUGUGAUAAUUAAAAAAGAAAAAUUGCAACAACCUA